CGUUCCCAGUGCCGCGUCCAAAAAACGAGCCGUCAUUUCUUCUUUUCUUCCGCUCGGCAGAUUCGCCACAAACAACCGCCGCCGGUGACGCCAUCGGAAAAGGGCCCUUCUUAUACCCUACAACACAAAAGAGCCCUUCUUAUCCUCUACAGAGUCAGUCUCAUCCUGGAAGCGGAGUGUUUGUCUCCGUUUGUGGCGAAUCGGCGGCUGCGGACAAGAAACGGCCCCUCUCUCAACCCGCCUGCGCAGGGCGUUCCAAACGUGGCGGAGAAUGAACGAGUGGGCCCCCAUUGCCAAAGAGUAUGAUCCCCUCAAAGCAGGAAGCAUCGAUGGCACCGACGAGGAACCCCACGACCGCGCGGUCUGGAGGGCCAUGCUGGCCCGCUACGUCCCCAACAAAGGCGUUUCGGGAGACCCCCACCUCACCCUGUUUGUGGCCCGGCUCAACUUGCAGACCACCGAGGACAAGCUGAAGGAGGUCUUUUCCCGGUACGGAGACAUCCGGAAGAUCCGCCUGGUGCGGGACCUGGUCACCGGCUUUUCCAAGGGCUACGCCUUCGUCGAGUACAAAGAGGAGCGGGCACUCAUCAAAGCCCACCGAGACGCCAACAGGCUGGUGAUCGACCAGCGAGAGAUCUUUGUGGACUUUGAGCUGGAGAGGACGCUGAAAGGAUGGAUCCCUCGGCGUCUUGGGGGCGGCUUUGGGGGCAAAAAGGAAUCGGGGCAGCUGCGGUUCGGAGGCCGAGACCGGCCCUUCCGGAAGCCCAUCAACUUGCCUGCGAUGAAAAGCGAUUUUUAUGGAGAGGGACCGAUGGAAAGAAGAGAUCGAGUGUGGUCCAGGGACGGGAAGACAAGGGACCGGGAUCAUGACAGGAACAGAGAACAGCGGCGGUCGGAACGGGACCGGGCGCAAGGCUGGGGCGAGAGGGAGCGAGAACGGCACGGUCGGGAGGAAAGGAACCGUGGGAGGGAGGGAAGGGACCGAGACCGAGAGAGGAAAGACCGAAGCCGGGACCACAGCUUGAAGAAAGCCCGGGAUGAAGAGGGGCACUGAUAGACGAUGUGGCGGGAGGACAGCCAUCUCUCUCGUUGUGCAUCUGCGCCAAGCUUUCUCGUGAAUAUCACCAGUGUUACAAACCACCAGAAAGUAAUUUUUCCCCAUUCUGAUGUCAACAAUAUAUCAGUGGAAUCCAAACGGAGGGAAUGUCUUCAGUGAUGCCCGAGCUGUGAGACCAUCCUGGAUUAAUUAAGACAAAUGUUUGCCCAAACCCAACCCUUUCCCAUCGAUUGUGCAAAAAACCACAACAAAAAAACCCUUAAUUCAGAAAUAGUUUAUUUAGAAUAUUAAAAAGAUCUGCAAUUGACAUUGCCUCCCCACCCACCCAUCCCCUUUAAACCCUGUUUAUUGCCUGUUUUACCUUGCAACACCCUGAAUCUUCAAUAAAGACACACAUUCACUCUG